AAGCUUGAUUUUUGUCAGAAUAAAAUCAAAACAGAGCAGUUUCUACUUCUACUCCACCAUGAACAAACAACAACAAAAAAAACUAUUCUCCUUCUUCUUCUUCUAUGCAACUUGCUUGAUUCAGCUUCUUUCCUCAGCAUCAGUUUUUGAAGGUAAGUUUGAAUAAACUGUUUUUUUUUCUGAGACAGUUGUAUCCCUUAUUGGAAACUAGUUCAUUAUGUCUGAGGGAGUAGUUUGACAUAGUUGCACUGCAUCACAGAAAAUUGCCAAAGGUCAUAUGCCAAGGGGAGUGGGAGGACUUUCAACAAUGAAUAUAAAAGCAGUCUAUGAUGUUGAAUGUAUGAGUAGUUCUACAUCUAGAAUUCAGCAUGAGCUGUGGCCGCUCAACGACAUUAAUCCAAAGGCAGCAAAGUUUCCAUGUUGUUUAGUUUGGACUCCGCUCCCAGUUGUUUCGUGGCUGGCACCUUUCAUUGGGCAUGUUGGAAUUUGCAGGGAGGAUGGAAUUAUUUUGGAUUUUUCAAGUUCCAACUUUGUGAAUGCUGAUGAUUUUGCUUUUGGUGCUGUUGCCAGAUAUCUUCAGCUUGAUCGGAAUCAGUGUUGCUUUCCCCCAAAUCUGGCUGCACACACAUGCAAUCAUGGUUAUCGUCACACAGAAUUUGGAACAGCAAUCACAUGGGAUGACGCAUUACAGUCGAGUGUGUGUCAAUUUGAACACAAAACUUACAACCUAUUUACAUGCAACUGCCACUCUUUCGUUGCCAAUUGUCUGAACAGGCUCUGUUAUGGUGGAUCAAUGGGUUGGAACAUGAUUAAUGUGGCAGCUCUGAUACUUUUUAAGGGACAAUGGAUUAACAGCAUGUCGAUUAUACGAUCGUUUCUCCCAUUCUUGUUCGUGCUCUGCACAGGUGUAUUAAUGGUGGGCUGGCCGUUCCUGAUUGGGUUGUUCUCAUUUUCUCUCCUCCUUCUGGGGUGGUUUGUAUUUGGUACCUAUUGCGCCAAGGGCUUGGUAGAAUGCUAGUUCCUGGCGUCAUCAUUAUUGUUUAGGUUUUGCUUUGUCAAAGAAGAAAAAAUGGUACAGUUUACUGUUUCUUCUGAAAAUUAUGAUCAUAGGACAUGUUAAACAGAUGUAGCAAAUUUACAGCAGGAAGCUUUACUGAUGUUACAAAGUAUAAAGUCUAUGCCGCAUCAAGGAACUGAACUAAUCUUAGAUUUGAUUUAGAAUAGAAAUAGAACUUUUGGUUUCA